CCAGGGGGCCACCGCUGCAGCGCUGCUGCUGGCGCACCUCGCUGGCAGCGGCCCCGCAGGAGCGGCAGCAGCGGGAGGCGAGGCGGCAGUGUCGCCUGCGUCGCAAGCACUCCGCCGCUUGAAGUGUGCCAUCCUAGUGGCUGGCUUCCUGCCCCGCGACCCCGCAGUGGCGCAGCUGCUCCUGGCAGGCGACCAGGCGAGCGCCACAGCAUCAGCAGCAGGAGGAGGGCCGGCGGGGCAGGGCGGCGAGGGCGGCGCCCGCCUCAGCCCCGUGCCGCUGCUGUUCGUGACGGGCAGCUCGGACGCGCUGGUCCCUCCCGACCGCACUGCGCAGCUGUACGGCUGCUUCCCGCCCGCCCGCGUCUCCACCUUCACGCACGGCGGCGCGCACCUGGUGCCCACCUGCAGCGGGGACUUCAAGACGGCGCUCACAGCCUUCCUGGACGCGGCGGCGGCGGGCGGCCCCGUGCCCGCCAUGCAUCGGGUGGCCAGCCGGGAGGCAAGCCUGGCAGCACUGCAGCAGCAGCAGUCGGGGCAGCCGGGACCGCAGCAGGGGCAGGAGGCUGAGGAUGUGAAGGCCGCAGGGGCUCAAGGCGGGGGCCAGGAGCCGGUUGAGGAGGGAGCAGGGAGCGGUAUGGUGUGGGAAGUGCGCGUUGUGGACAGUGGCGGAGCUGCGGCGUUGACAGAGGCGGCGGUGGAGCGGGAGGAGGCGGUUAGCGCGCCAGCGGCAGUGCUACAGGACGCCACCCGGGUGACCGCGUGAGGGGACGUGAUAUACCGGUAGCUGUAUGGGCCGCAGCGUGCGAAUGGCACUGUAGAUUGGAGGUUGCAGGUGAUGAGUGCCACGACGGGGAGCUGUCAUGAACACACGGGUUCAACCUCCCGGAUGGCCGCUGUGUGGCAUGGGCACCCCAUACGGGGGGCAGGAGGCCAAGCAUGGAUAGGAAGGGAGUUGGGAUUCGCAUCUUCUCCCAAUCAAUCAAGCACGCCACCAUUACCCCGUAACAAUCGUCUGCACGAAGCAGGGUUCGUUGCCUACUCGGACCCAAACAGAGCCAAUAGUUCAGCGAGCCAGGGUUGGAGGUGAAGGGGUAUUGCACCAAGGCAACUCGCACCACGACGGCAGUUAACGUUCCAGGGGCGCCGUGUGGCGCAUGUCAGGAC